CCAGUUGCGAAUGUCAGCCUCUUUUCAAUUGUGUGCUUCUCCCUCCUCCUCAGAGCGCCGUAAGAAUGGCAGAUCCCAUAAGCCUGGCUUCUGGGCUACUAGCUCUCGCGACUUUCGCCUUUCAAUCAAGCCUUAGUCUCUACGACAUGGUGAAAAGCUUUCGCUCGCAUCCAAUACGCGUGCGUGAGCUUAUGGAGGAGCCUGAAGCCUUAAGUGGGGUUCUAGGACCGCUUGUCGAUAAGGUCCAGGCCACUCAUGAUACGGAUCUCUCUGUGCUCAAUCUUCCUCUAUUACGGUGCGGCAAUGCAUGCAAGGAAUUUGAGCAAGAAAUUAUGAAAUGUGCUAGUCGGUCUAGUGCUACUCGAACAAGCUUCCGCGAUUGGGCAAAGUUGAAGUACAUGGGUGAUGACAUCGAUGGUUUCAGAAGAGUCCUAGCAGCGUAUAAGUUGACCAUUAAUAUCGCUCUUACGGACGCAAACCUUCAAAAAUCUACCGUCACUGCGGAAACCCUUGAGAAUUACGAAAGUCUUAUCGAGACUGCCAAGGUCGAUCUCGAGGCUCAUCUUGAAGCCAUUGAUGAGAAGUUGGAGCUUUUGCUGGGCAAGGCUGUACCCGGAUCUGAUAAAGUCUCACUGGAACUUCAGCAAAUAAAAGAAGAGCGGUUGAGCACGGAAAAAUGUCUCCAGAUAUGUGCUCAGUUGUCCGAGCAUAUCAGUCAGAUUCAAAUCUCACCCGCGAACAAUGGCUCCGCUGGCCCAUCUGACCCGGAUGCCUUAUCCGAGAGACUCACCAAUGAGGGUUUGCAGGAAUGCAAAGAGAGCCUCAAGCAUACAUCCGCAAAAUUGGAAACGCAUAUGCAUAGUUUAGUUGAUCGAUUACUGAGCAAAUCGGCAUCGGCAUCAGCGUCGCAAGAGGAUUUAGCUGAUCUCGCCAGGCUGCGAGAUGAAUGGAAAACGACUCGCCAAUGCAUUGAUAUCUGCUCCAAAGCAGACAUCCAUUUCAAAGAAGCCAUUACAACAGUGGACAACUAUGCCACGGGCGAUGCUAUACAGUUCAUGGUCUCGACUGAUGGACAGGUUAUCCAUGGAAGAAACCGCGGACUUGGGUGGAGGUCAAGACAGGUUGGAGGCCACCUUAAUGAUACUUCCGUUCAGCAGUUAUCCAGGGAUUUUACUACUAUAAAUAUUCACCACACCACAGGUGACGACUUAUCCUCACCCAAUAAUACAACCACAGCUGCUAGCGAUAUGCCCUCGAGCGAAUCCCCCUCAGAAUUUGAUAGACGAUAUGGACGAGGGUUUCAACUUACUCCAACAUCCGCUCCGAGCAUAAGUGAACCUUCGAAGGGCUCAAAGGACAGUGGGCCUGGUAGAAUACCAAAGGGUUAGGAUAUUCUGAGCCCUUGAUAUUGUUUUCCAUUCUGGGCCAGCACUUUACGACCGCUCAUGUCGUUCGGUAAUUUCAGUCAUAUGAACCACAGCUUUGAAUCAAAUUACUUUUCCGACGGUCUAUUAAUAAGCUGCUCCAACUACCCUUGCAGAAUCCCUG